GAUUCAUUGAGUUUUGAUAGUCUACUAAGCCAAUCUAGAGCUAAGCCAAAGCCCAAUUUGCAUGGCAGCGAAUCCCUCUGUUUAGAUUCUGACCAGAGGCCAAAAGCUUAUCUCCAUAGCAAAUCAUCGAGAUUUCUCAUCCAGACACAAAUAAGGCGACUUCUAUCGAGUGAUUCAUUUUGUUCAAGAUGAACGGCGGCGAUGCUUCCGGUGCAGUGGAGGCACAGUACAUACGGAGACACCAUAGGCAUCAGCCUAAAGAGAACCAGUGCGCUUCUGCUCUCGUCAAGCACAUCAAAGCUCCUGUUCAUCUCGUUUGGUCUUUGGUUAGGCGAUUCGAUCAGCCCCAGAAGUACAAGCCAUUUGUGAGUAGAUGCGUUGUGAAUGGGGAGAGUGGGGAGCCUGAGAUUGGAAGUGUUAGGGAAGUCAAUGUUAAAUCUGGACUCCCCGCUACCACUAGCACCGAGAUGCUGGAACUUCUGGACGAUGAGGAGCACAUUCUUGGAAUCAAGAUUGUUGGUGGUGAUCAUAGGCUAAAGAACUACUCGUCAAUCAUGACCGUGCAUCCAGAGGUUAUUGAUGGAAGGCCUGGGACGUUGGUCAUAGAGUCAUUUGUGGUGGAUGUGCCUGAUGGGAACACCAAGGAUGAGACAUGUUACUUUGUGAAGGCACUCAUCAAGUGCAAUCUCAAAUCUCUGGCUGAUGUCUCAGAGAGGAUGGCUGUGCAGGACGGGUUGAACCCAUCAACCGAUUCUGAAUGGGUGGUUUCAUAAUAUGUGAUAAAAGUCUGUUAGGGUGGUUGUGCCAUUUGAGGGUUCUAAUUCCAGAGGCUUUGUAGAGAUUGAUGGAUAUACUCCUUCACUAUUCCCAGAAGUUUUGCGUGCAAUGCUGGAUUUGCUUUUUAACCUCAUGGAGACCCUUGCUGCCUGCUUUUGCUUUGUUUGAUUUCUCCCUCAAAGUAGGGUUUCCCCUGCUUUAGUAAUUAGGCCCUUGGACAAGUUUCCUUAAAAAUUCCUGUGAAUGGGAAAAAACCCGCUCCUUUUCACUGUUGCUUUUACUAGUAUCUGCAUGACGUUAUGUAAAUUACUAUGGCCAUAUCUGUAAAUAUCCAUGUAACACACAGUUGGUGCCUUAGUUGCAGCCUCUAGGCGCGGGGAUUAUUGGGGAAGAACUUGAAGUAGCGGUGCUUUAUUAAUUUUAAUUUAACAGUGUCCUUUUUAGCGCACUAUUGCGAAAAAAAAUCAUUCCAACCAGUUUCAGUCA